AUGGAAGAAAUACCACCAAUUGCAAUUAAGGGUGCAGAUGGUACGACACCACUGAUACUUUCUUCUGCUGGAGGCCAUACGCCUUGUGUAUUAGAAUUACUUGAGCAAGGCGCUGAUGCGAAUUCAAGACGUACUACUGGCACAACACCAUUAUUCUUUGCAGCUCAAGGCGGCUACUUGGACGUUAUAAAAAUUUUAGUAAAGGCAGGCGCAAGUGUGGACACACCAUCUGUGGAUGGUGGCACACCAUUAUUUGUAGCAGCUCAAGGCGGUCAUGUGAAACUUGUAAAGGAACUUUUGGAUUGUGGUGCCAAUGUAAAUGCUUGUAUGAAAGAUCGAGCAACAUCAGUUUUUAUUGCCGCACAAAAUGGACACCGCACGGUAUUGUCAUUGUUACUAACAGCUGGAGCACAUGCCGAUAUGAAGCGCAUCGAUGGAGCAACUCCACUUUGGAUUGCAGCACAAAUGGGUCAUGAUCAUAUAUGCAAGGUGUUAUUGCAAAAUGGUGCAAAUAUAGAUGCAGUACGAUGUGAUGGAGCAACACCUUUAUUUAAGGCUGCACAUAAAGGGCAUGCGGCCGUUAUUACAGAACUACUGAAACAUCGUCCAAAUUUAGGUUUAUUACCAAACGGCGAAACAGCAUUACAUGCUGCUGCCAUGUUUGGACAUCUCACUGUGUGUAAGCAACUUAUAGCCGCCGGUAGUGAUAUACUUCAAAAGAAUCAGGAUGGCUUUACUGCAUUACAGGUAGCAAGGCAACAAAAAUAUACCUCAAUAUGUGAAUAUCUGCAGGAUCGAUUGCGAAUUAUCUUAGCACGCACCGCAGAGGCUAAGUCGUAGAGUUACACUAUCAGUUAAUAAGAAUAGAUAAUAAAUACAGAGAGAGAGAGAGAGAGAGAGAGAGAGAGAGAGAAAGAAAGAGUGAGAGAGAGGGAGAGUGAGAGAAAGAGAGAUGCAUGCAAUGGAGAACAAUCGUUCAUAUACAAUAAAUACUAAAAGGUCAGAUAAAGCACAAUUUAUUAUUAAAACGUCCCUAAAAGCAACAUAAAGGCUGCACGCGAAUGAAUUUCGAGUCCUAGCUUCUUAUAUUUAAAUUAAAUACAAGUCCAAAAUAUUAGCUUAACUCCAAUUCUAAUUCGAAUAUAUUACAUAUAAAUACAUCCGAGUAUAUAUAUAUAUAUUUUGAAAUAUCUUUUUAUUGACUUAUUUUAAAAUAGUAAUGCAUAUAAGCAAAUCGUAAGAGCUAAGAGCUGCGAUGAGUAUAUAAAAUCAAAUUUAAUAAAAUUAAAUUUUUUUCCCUUUAAUUC